UUCAUGGAAGCAAGAAACCGAACAGGAAUUUUAGAGUUCAUCCUCCUUGGGCUCUCUGAGGAUCCAGAACUACAGCCCUUCAUAUUCGGGCUGUUCCUGUCCAUGUUCUUAGUCACUGUGCUCGGGAACUUGCUCAUCAUCCUGGCCAUCUGCUCUGACCCCCACCUCCACACCCCCAUGUACUUCUUCCUCUCCAACCUGUCUUUGGUCGACAUCUGUUUCAGCACCACCAUAGUGCCCAAGGUGCUGCUGAACAUCCACACAGAGAACAAAGCCAUCUCCUACAUGGACUGCCUCACGCAGGUCUAUUUUUCCAUGUUAUUUCCUAUCCUGGACACUCUACUCCUAACUGUAAUGGCCUAUGACCGGUUUGUGGCCAUCUGCCACCCACUGCACUACACAGUCAUCAUGAAUGCCUGCCUUUGUGGCCUGCUGGUUUUUAUGACCUGGUUUGUUGGUGUCAUGACAUCCCUUCUUCACAUCUCUCUGAUGAUGCAUCUAAGCUUCUGCAGAGAUCUUGAAAUUCCACAUUUCUUCUGUGAACUGACACAGAUUCUCAAGCUGGCCUGCUCUGAUACCUUCCUGAACAGCACACUGAUAUACUUUAUGACUGGUGUGCUGGGUGUUUUUCCCCUUGUUGGGAUCCUUUUCUCCUACUCACAGAUUGCUUCAUCCAUUAGGAAGAUGUCUUCAUCUGGGGGGAAGCAAAAAGCAUUUUCCACCUGUGGGUCUCACCUCUCAGUAGUUUCUUUAUUUUAUGGGACAGGUGUUGGGGUCUACUUCACUUCUGCAGUAACUCAUUCCCCCCAGCAAGUCUCUGUGGCUUCGGUGAUGUACACUGUGGUCACCCCCAUGCUGAACCCCUUCAUCUACAGCUUGAGGAACAAGGAUGUGAAGGGGGCUUUGGGAAGGCUUCUCAGUAGAGCGACCUCUUGUCUGUGA